GGAGGAUGGGAAUCGGACGCGGAUGCGGAUGGAGCGGAGUCUCUUAAGAGCGCCCGCGCGCAGAAUGGCAGUCAGAGCUGCAGCGCGCACCGGGAUGACACGGGGAUCGUUCACGCGCGCUCUAUAGUUCAGCCGCGAUGGUUAUUUCAUCCAAAGAUGACAGAAACGGCAGCAGGCGGUGAUUUCCAGGCUAGAACUCUCCGUCCUUUUUAUUACCCCAGCGGUGUAUGGAAAUCGCUCCUGGAUGGACCUGGGUGACAACAGCUGGUCCAUGGUCAAGCGAGAAGUUUCCAGCAGCCCAGGCUCGCCGGCGGAGCAGACCUACCUGCCCGGUGACAGCAGGCGGGACGGGCCCGCCUCGGAUGAUCUGAGGACUCCUCCGAGCGAGCUGGACGCGCUGGGGCACCGGCGCGCGGACAGCCGGUCGCUACACUCCUACCUUCACUUCGGACACCACAACAACCCCCUGAGCGCCGAGGACAUCCCGCUGUUUACGGAUUUGGAUCAGGGCAGCAAACUCGUGCUCUCCGCGGGCGCGCACAAGGCCAGCCUGCUGGUGGACCCUACCGACAUGUACCAGACGCUGGCCAUCGCGGCGGCGCAGAGCCAGACUGGAUACGAUUCCUCCUCCGCGGGUUAUAUGCACUCCACCCCCAACUCCCCCGUCUACGUGCCCAGCUCCCGCGUCAACCCCAUGAUCCCCAGCCUGUCGUACCUGCAGGCCAGCGGCUCGGCGCAGCCCAGCCACGCGGUCAGCAGCCACUCGGUGUGGUCCCAGUCCGCCCCGGAGAGCCCGUCCUACAGCAGCGGCAGCCCGCACGCCUCCAGCCGCUUCCACUACCCCCCCAGCCCGCCCAUGAACAACGGGACGCCCCGGGACGGCAGCUACAGCAACGCGCUGAACGUCAGCGGCAGGGACCAGUACGGCCUCUCCCGCCCCACCUACACCAGCCCAUACUCCCCUUAUGUUGCCCCCCAGCUGCCCUCACCGUGGACCGGGGGGCCCUUCGACAACACCAUGCUGCACACCCUGCAGAGCAGAGGCGCGCCCCUCAUCCGAGGACCAAACGGAGUUUCAGACAUCCUGGACGACAUGGGGGAGAGCCGCGAGUGCGUCAACUGCGGCUCCAUCUCCACGCCGCUGUGGAGGCGCGACGGCACGGGCCACUUUCUCUGCAACGCCUGCGGCCUCUACAGCAAAAUGAAUGGGCUGAGCCGGCCAUUAAUUAAACCGCAGAAGCGCACGUCGACCUCCAGGAGGAUCGGCCUGUCCUGCGCCAACUGCCAAACCAGCACAACUACCCUGUGGCGCAGGAACGCGGAGGGGGAGCCGGUGUGCAACGCCUGUGGGCUCUACACAAAACUGCACGGGGUACCUCGACCUCUCGCCAUGAAGAAAGAAGGCAUCCAGACAAGAAAAAGAAAACCCAAAACUUUGAGUAAAACUAAAGGAUCCUCAGGCAAUAACUCGGUCACAAUGACUCCCACAUCCACCUCCUCAUCAAAUUCUGAAGACUGCUCCAAGACCAGUUCUCCUUCCGGACAGGUCAGUUCGUCCGUGCUGUCCGGCUCCGGAGAGGGAACAGGCUCCGGCUCGGCCGUCAAGUACCCGGGACAGGACAGCCUGUACACUAGCGUGGGCCUGACCCAGUCCUCAGACGUAGCUUCCGUCAGAGGCGAACCGUGGUGCCCCAUGGCCUUAGCGUGAACAUUUCACUUCAUUUGUGGACAAAUUUAAGCCAAAACACAAACUCCGUCUCACCUGUCUGGAUGCUGCAUCUCGUGGAUGUAUCUGGAGAGCCGAACUCGGAGUUCUCGCAAGCGUGGAGUAUCCUGGAUCGGGAGUCUUGUUGCUAAAGUGAACGGAUGGUUCCUGGAUCUGCUGCAUGCCUUGACCCGUCUCUCCGUUUGGUGGCACAGAACCAGAACCGGGUUCUUCAGAGAAAGCCACUCUGUACAUAAAGGAUUUCCUCCCUGAAGAAAAAAGCUGUUGAUGGUUAAACAGUUCUUUGGACUUUUAGAUUUUAGAUUUUUCCACAACUGGAAUCGAGAGACAACUUUUAACAAAUCAAAACCAAAAAAAAUAUAUUUAUAAAUCUUCCAUUGUCGAGAAUAUGGCUCUGAUUGUUAAUAAAGAUAGAGUAGAAGGUAAUUGAUUGUGAAGUCUUCUUGUUUUUCUUUGUGGAAAGCUCUUACUUGGUUUAAACAGGGUAGAAAUGUGUUUGUCUGUUAAUCGUUGACCACGAAAAUCGCAAAUAAUCAAAUCCUUUGGACUCCUCCUGCAAACGGAGAGCUUGUCGACUGUGGGGGGAUGAAGGUACUUCUGUCUGGCAUGUAAAGCAGCAGCAUGGCGUCUUUGGAACAAAGCGUACAGUCAGAGAGCUGCAGGUCGACUGCGUCUGUUUGACAUGUUGCUUCACUGUAAAUACGACCAGAGUGGAGAGCGAGGCCGCGUCUGAACAAAAACCUCUCAUGUGAGGGUUUCUGAAAGGUUACAAGCAAACCAAAUUCAUAUUUUAUGUCAUUCACUCUUCCAGACUUAUUUAUUUCUUGAAAUUUGAUGUUUUAUUUUUGGAUGUUCCUUUAUUUGUUUUCUUUUUUUCAAGAGAUUAUUUCGUUUAAAUUCAGCCCAAUAAAUUCUUCUGUUAAUGCA